CGUGCACAUUUUGUUUACAGUCCUCCUCUUUAUCUGUAAUGUCCAUCAUUAAUUGCCUGUACCUAUUUUUGUUUGUCAAUUCCGUCGUAAAAGUGAUAGUGAAGUGCUAAACCUACUUUUUCACUUUUUUCCUCAGUCUGCCCACCAGUACUUUCUCUCCUGCAGGUCUAUUCCUCCUUGCAGGUUGAUUUGCCCAUGCUUCUGUAGCGCCUUUUCGCAUCGGUCCUCUCUAAAAUUUAGGUAUCUUAUAUACUUCCUGUUCUUGUGAAGUUAUCAACCUCGGUUCAGAAUGUACGUUCAAGUCAGAACUAUUGAUGGUAAGCAGAAGAUAACUCUCAAUGUCUCUAAAACCAUAUCUGUCGAAAACUUUCGCAAGGAAGUUGAGAAGGCCUUUGAUGUGCCGUGUGACAAGCAGCGUCUCUUCUACAGAGGAAAGCAGCUGGAAGACGAACACUCAUUAUUCGAUUACAAUGUGAAUGUGAAUGAUGUGAUUCAGUUGAUGGUACGCCAAGCUGUUCCUGAGCCUAGUACUUCAACUUCAUCAGAGGCCACAUCAACUGAAGUCGGGAAAGAACCUGCCGAAGAGGAAGAAAAGCCCAGUACAUCAACGAAAGUGGAAAGCAAGUAUUUUAAGAUUGGUGAUCAUGUUGAUGCCAAAGAUAGCAUUUAUGGCGCGUGGUUUGAAGGGCAAAUCGUGGACAUUAUCAAAGUUACGAAAGACGAUAAACCUAAGUCUUCUGAAGCCGAUGAUAAUGAUGGAGAGACAAAAACAUCUGACGAAAAUGAGAAGCAAGAAAAUGAAAUCAAGGAUGAAAGCGACCUUGAAUUCAUGAUUGCUUUCAAAUGUUAUCCUGACGACCCACCAGCUCCAAUCAAACUGAAUGAUAUUCGGCCUAGGAUGUCUGUAAAGGUUUCCAUUGAUGAUGUCAAAGUGGGUGACAGAGUCCUCGUCAAUUACAACAUAGAAGAACCAACGCAAAGAGGAUACUGGUACGACUGUCUUGUGAAAAGCAUCACCAAGUCACGGAAAAAUCCUGAACUGGUUGGAACCCUCUCUGUAGGCACUGAAAAUAUUAGUCUUGAAAAUUGCAAAAUUAAGUUUACGGAUGAGUUGAUGAAGGUUGAAACAGUCAAGUUGAUGAAAGAUCGAACUGCAGAAGAAGAAUCACGCAUGCAAGAUGAAUCAACAGAUUCACGAGCUAAUGCGCCUUAUUGUACUCGGUGCAAUGACAACCCACGGAGGAACUGCAAAGAAUGUGGAUGUCAUGUCUGUGGCAAGAAAGAUGAACCAGCCCAACAAUUGAUGUGUGACGAAUGCAACAUGCCAUACCACAUUUGGUGUUUGAACCCUCCUCUAGAAUCAAUUCCUGACAUUGAUGAAUGGUACUGCGCUGAAUGUAAAAAUGAUGAAAAUGAGAUAGUGAAAGCUGGAGAAAAACUCAAGGAUAGCAAGAAAAAAGCCAAAAUGGCAUCCAAAAAGAACAACACAAGCCGUGACUGGGGCAAAGGAAUGGCAUGCGUCGGCAGAAUGAAAGAGUGCUCUAUUGUUCCUUCUAAUCAUUUCGGCCCAGUUCCUGGUGUUGAAGUAGGCACUAUAUGGAAAUUUAGAUUGCAGGCAUCUGAAGCUGGUAUUCACCGACCACAUGUGGCAGGAAUCCAUGGUCGCGAAAGUGAAGGUGCCUACAGUAUCGUGUUGAGUGGAGGUUAUGAAGAUGAUGUUGACGAUGGUGAAGAAUUUUUGUAUACUGGAAGUGGAGGACGAGACUUAUCAGGGAACAAACGCACAGCUGAUCAGAGCUCCGAUCAAAAGUUGACGAGGAUGAAUCGAGCUCUUGCAUUAAACUGUAAUGCACCUCUAAAUGACAAGGAAGGUGCCACCGCUAAAGAUUGGAAAGGUGGAAAACCAGUGCGAGUCGUUAGGAACUACAAAGCUGCGAAACAUUCAAAGUAUGCUCCAGAAGAUGGAAACAGGUAUGAUGGAAUCUACAAAGUUGUUAAAUACUACCCUGAGAAAGGUAAAUCUGGUUUCAUAGUAUGGCGAUAUCUGAUCCGUAGAGAUGACCCUACUCCAGCUCCAUGGACCAAAGCGGGCAAGAAACAUAUCGAAGCUCACAACCUAGAAAUGAAGUACCCAGAUGGUUACUUGGAAGCACUAGAAGCUAAGAAGAGCCUAGAAGGCCCGGACACACCCCAGAGUGCCAAAAAGAAGCGCGUAUUGAAGGAAUUAAGUGACACGCAGAGUCCUCCUGCCAAGAAAACCAAAGUGGCUGCGUACAAACUACCAGCUGAAGAUAAAUCACUCAUUGAAUCAGAUUCUCUUAAUACCAAACUUUGGGAAUCUUGCACUGCUCUUCUCUCCCAAGGGAAACAGAAAUUCCUGGACCAGGUGCAAGAAUCCUUUGUUUGUAUUUGCUGCCAAGAACUCGUUCAUGAGCCGGUUACCACCCCUUGCAGUCAUAAUAUUUGCCAUGGUUGCCUGAAAAGAUCCUUCAACGCUAGUGUUUACACCUGUCCUCAUUGUCGUGCUGAUCUCGGUAACAAAUACGAGUUGAAAGUUAAUAAAAAUCUAUCCACCGUCCUGCUUUCACUUUUCCCUGGUUAUCAAACGGGCAGAUGAAAACCCUUUUUGCUCAAACAUCCUCUAACUCAACUGUAUGUAUGUUUUACUUCUUGUUGCUUUUAGCCAAUCAUUGAAGAGUUAUUUUGAGUGCAAACUUGUCUCUUGUAUCCAAUCUUCAUCAUAACAUUCAACAUUCAAAUUGGAGCUAUUUAAAAUUUAUAGCUCAAACCUCUGAAAAUAGAUGAUUAAACGCCAAUUGGUUAUCACAAGUAUGAUAGUACCAAAUAGUCUAUCCAACUGAAGAAGCUUUGCAAGUCAGGAAAAAAGUUCACUUUAAAAAAUAAGGAGAAGAACAGAAAAAUGUCAUGACAAAGGCCGGAAUUUAUAAGUUGCUCAUUUUCUAUCUUUCAAAAGCUUGCAACUCUCCGACAAAAUUGUUAGAAAAUUGUGAAUUCUUGUUACUUUUUUUUUACUCUAUUUGAAGGUACGGAGGAGUUUUAGAUCAAUUUCAGAUUACUGUCAGAAAUCACCUCUUUUUUCAAUGCAUGACAGUAUGUAGAAUCAUUGGAAAAGUUAGGGACUGAUUGUCUCAUUUUAACUAGGGAAAGUCGGAUAAAGUAAUGUAAACAAGAAUUCUUAAGGUCUGUUCAAGUCUGAUUGAUAAUUGUGUAUCUCAAGUGUUCAUGCAAAACUAGCGUUUUCUUUUACCAAGCUCAUUUUUCUGUUUUGAAAAUCUGUCUUUUGACUUCGAACGCUGAUUAAGUAAAAACUUACAGAAAAAUUUCCAUGCAAACUGUUUUUGACACUUUAAAUAACUGCCUGUAAUUUUCUAUUCCUAAUUUUAUUCAUAGUUGUAAGUUUCUAUUGAACAUUUCCAUUCCCCUUUUUUAUUUUUAUUAUUAUUAUUAUUUAUUUAUUUAUUGAUUGAUUGAUUCGUCGUGUAUUUUAUUUAAGAUAUGCAUGCCAAAUAACUUGUUCAGUGGAAUACCCAUGACAUUUUUCUCCGUAAAUGCAAAAAUUUACCAAUUUUUCUUGUUUUAAAUCAGUUGAGCCUGAACCUGUUGUAUUAUGAAGCAACCACAAUAACUGUUGAUAAUCAUUCCCUCGAUUUCCGUCCAAAUUCGAGAUAAUAUAGGAAACAAGUUUUGAAUAGAUAAAUAUGAUUCUAAGGCUGAGCCUGUAGUAUAUCUAUUUUUUUAUAACUUGUAUUUUUUUAAUUUAAGUAUAUGAAGAAUUUUAGGCAAAGAUAAUGUUUUUUGAACUCUUGAAGAGAUUUCCAUAGCAGUCUGUAUUACAGCUUUAAUCUAAAGCUGGUGAGAAUUUUAUUUCAACGGCAAUCUUUUAUGAACAUGCUUUCAACUUUAAAUUCUUGGACUGAAGAAGAAUUUUUAAUAUUAAGAAUUGAAAUGUUUAAACUCUGAAAGUCUCGUAUUCUAAAUCAAUUUUUCCCUUACUGCAAUCAUUCAAAAAAUUAUUUUAGUUGGCUCUGGAGUGGAUCCUCUCAGCUGAUUUGUUUAUUUGCUUAACUAUUCCUUGUUUUUUUUUUUUAAAUCUUAACACUAUUGUGUUAACUAUUGUGUAGAAGGUAAAGGAAAAAUUGUUUUUAAGUAUGCAUUUUUUAAGAGUUUGUAGUUUUAAUUUUUUUCUGUUCUGAAUUUCUUAAAUGCCGCUCUAAAGGUUUACUAAUUGCCUGUGUUACUGCGUGAACUAUUUUGUAUUUAUAUUAUCAAUAAUACCUAAUUAGCCGCCUAAUCAUUUUAUUCUGAUUUUUUAAAACUGUACUUUUAGAAUUUUUCAUGGGCUUGUUGCGCUGGUUAAAGAAUUAUACUUUGAUGGUUUAAGCUAAUAGAUAGACAGGAAAUAAUGAGAUCUGUUUGAACAUCGAAUUUGUAUGUCCAAUGUUAACGGAUAAAGAACAGGAUCGAAAACGUCAUUCACCGUACCACUGUAUGCCAUUUUUGCCUGGUUUUUUCCACCUUGGUUUCAUCUGCAUUUUACGUUUAGCAACCAGUGCUAAUGUGUGUCUCACUAAUUGAUGAAUCCAAGGUGGAAGAAACUCUGGUAUGGAUGACAUUAUUUGCUUUGCUUAUUGAUGAGCAAUAUCUCUGUCCACAUUAGACAUCAAAACUUUGUGUUUGAACAGAAUUCAUAAUUUUUUGCUAAUCUAUCAUCUUGAACCAUAAAACACGAUUUUGUGAGUAGUGCAAAUUACCCAUUGCUUAUUCCAAUUGUAUAUUGACAAUUUUUCACAUAUUUGAAUUUUACAGGAAUUAGCGAACUGUUUUGAAUCCCCCUGUCUCAGACGGUCUAUAUUCUACGAACGUGCUAUUGUAAUAAAAUUUGGUAUCCUGUGUUUAUUUUAAAGUAGAGAGACAAAGUGAAUUCAAAGUUUUUUUAUUUGAGCCAAAGAGGAUGUUGUUUUUUGUUUUUCUUUCAAUUUUGAGGACAUCAAUAUGAAAUGAGACUGUGAUAGUGUUGGCUCAAAGUAAAACUUUUCAAAUCUCUUUGUCUCUUCUUUUAUAUAAAUUGUAACUGUUUUGGCCAUUUUUCCUUGAUAAGUGUGAAAAAAAAAAUAAAAAACUGUGCCCCUUUUGGUAGUUUGUUGCUUGACCGGUCAACAAAACAUUGUUUUGUGUGAAAUAUUAUUUUAGUCUAGCUGAAUAAAUCAUAUAGUUUCUCACUAUUU